AUGUUAUCAUCACCAAAAACAACAGCGGGCACCCUUGAAUAUUAUGAAGACUCUGAAACUUCCAAAGCCUCCUCAAAUACGAGAAUUAAUGAAGACUUGAAAUCUCAAGAAGAAUUCCUUACUCCCUGAUAAAAUUAUCACCAUUGCUCGAUCAAAGAUGAGCACUAAAUACUAAAAAAUUUCUAGAAAAAAAUGACAUAUAAAUAUUUUAUUAAUUUAAAAUUUUUAUAUUGUAUUGUUCAUAUAAAAUAUUUUUAUGUACUCGAAAUAGAGAUAGAGUAUGGUGUGGUGUAUAUUAGCAAGUAUGCUAGAAAUAAUAGUGAAAAAUUUUUAGAAGUGAUUACAUGGCAUAAUUUCUAAUAUUCAUUACUAUCAAAAUAUGUAUUUAGAAUUAAGCAGUUAGUAGGCCAGGCUCUAUGCUUUACUAUUUGAAUCUUUUAAUCAAAGAUAUUUCUAAUUUUCGCAGUUUUAAUAGUGUCGUUCGAUCAAGGAUGAGGAGUUAGCUUUACAAUCCGAAGAAUUCUUCCUCCUAUUUUUACAGUCAAAAACGAAGAUAAUGAACUUCCAUUCGAAGCAGAGGAAGCUGAUCUAUUUAAAGAACUUAACAACCAAAAAAUCUGCAAUAUUCAGUAA